UGAAUAAAAACCGGACAAUGUCAGAUUCCGAAAUUGAGCUUCAAAGUAAAUCCAAAGACGAUCUUUUCUCAGGAGAAUCCAAAAAUAGCUCCAGUGAUUUAAAUAGCUACAUUCAAUCAGUAGUACAGCAGAAACAAGUUGUGACCUAUCGUCAAGGCCUAUGGAAUAUGAUCAAGUACGCCAUUCCUUCCACUGGAGGUCUCCUACUGAACAGAGUAGUCGAGUUUACCAACCUUGUUGUGGUCGGCAGAAUAGGAGACUCAACUCUUAUCUCAGGAGCAGGCCUUGGCAUCACUACCAUAGGGAUAAUAGCCUUCUCACUAGGAGUUGGACUCGCUGGAGGAGUUGAGACACUAUGCUCACAAGCUUUUGGCAAUAAAAAGAAUUACCUAGCAGGUUGAUACUAUACAAGAGCCCAGAUAGUACUAACUCUUGUAUUUUUAUUCCAGGCAGUAUUUCUAUUGUUCUCUACUCCUCUUCUCGUGAUGCUGGGGCAGCCCCCAGCAUCAGCAGAGUAUGCAGGGCUAUAUAUCAAAAUUUUGAUUCCUGGGAUCUGGUUCUUCUGUCAAACAGAGCUGUUGAGAAGGUUCCUUGGAGCUCAAGGAGCUUUCUACAUAGUGACGAAUUCUCAGAUCUUCAACUGAAUGUUGCAUCCCCUCUGGUUAUACUUGCUGGUGUUUUUCUUCGACUUUUCGGUAAGAGGAGUGGCAUGGGCCACUUGCAUUACUUACUUCUUGAAUUUCUUUGUACCUGUGAUGUACAUCACUUUCAACAGAAAGGCAGUGAAAGAGGGAUGCUGGAACUGGAUCAACAAAGACUCCUUUGUAGGACUCUUUGAGUACCUACAAUAUGGCCUUCCAGCCAUGAUGAUGGUCGCCCUAGAAUUCUGGGCUUUCGGAGUAGUCAACCUCAUAGGAGGAAUGGUGGGAGAGCUCGAGCUCGCAGCUUCAGUCAUUAUUUUCAAUAUUCUAGAAUUCGUAUACAUGAUUCCUGCCGGUUUUGGAUUUGCAGCAAGCACUUUGGUCGGAAACAACCUUGGAGACUCAAAUCCAAAGAAUGCAAGAAUUUAUGUCAAUCUGUCAGUGUGAAUUUCACUCACUUGAAGCUUUAUCUUGGGUGGAGGUAUGUUCCUGUUUAGGCAUACCCUGGCUGGGAUCUUCACUAGUGAUGAAGAGCUUGGUAACACAAUAGUAAUGGCACUUCCAUUAGUCUUUGCAAUGACGUUUGGUGACUACCUACAAGGUAUUUGUCAAGGAUGAAUCAAAGCAAUGGGAAAGCAAAAUUUCGCUUCAGUGAUCUGCUUAGUUGGAUAUUGGAUUGUAUGUAUUCCACUUACAUAUUACAUGACUUUCAGUCUUGAUCUAGGCAUCAGAGGUGUCUGGGGAGGACUUCCAAUUGGUCUGUUUAUUGUUGGAACCCUCUUUGUCACCAUGAUAUGCCUUACAGAUAUGGAAAAACUCUCUGAAAAGAUUACCUCAAAGCUGGAAACACCAAAUGAUAGUUUAUUAAAUUCCUCAAGUUAAAUAUC